UUUCCGGCCGGGCCCCGGAGGGGAAGGGGCGGGGCUGGGCUCCUGCGCGCGCGUGUUUCCGGUGUCGAGGCCGGCUCCAGUCCCAGCCCCGCCGCGCGCCCAGAGCCGGAUACCGCCCGGCGGCGCCCCGGAGACAGAGUCCGGCCCUAGCGCGGGUCUUAUCACAGUAAAAGAAAACAGCAGAAAUGUUGCGCAGGCCGAUAAUACAGGUGCUUCGUCAGUUUAUAAGGCACGAGUCUGAUUCAGCCACCUCCUUGAUACUUGAAAGAUCCCUGAAUCGUAUCCAGUUACUCGGUCGAGUAGGACAGGACCCUGUUAUGAGGCAAGUGGAGGGAAAAAAUCCUGUUACAAUUUUUUCUCUUGCAACCAAUGAGAUGUGGCGAUCAGGGGAAAGUGAGGUGUUCCAGGCAGGUGAUAUCACUCAAAAGACAACGUGGCACAGGAUCUCUGUGUUUAGGCCAGGCCUGAGAGAUGUGGCAUAUCAGUAUGUGAAGAAGGGUGCUCGAAUCUAUGUGGAAGGGAAGAUAGACUACGGUGAAUAUACAGAUAAAAACAAUGUGAGGCGGCAGGCCACAACAAUCAUAGCAGAUAACAUUAUUUUUCUGAGCGACCAUGUCAAAGAGAAGGUGUGAGAUGUUUAGUGCUUGGACCCAUGCUAUUCCUUUCAUUUUAUAGUAUUUCCUAAUUCUGAAAUCAUGCAUAUUGCUGUAUUUUCUGUAAACAAAUUAAAACACCCUUUUAUAUGAAUAAAGAACUGUGGUUUUUUGGUCUUUCUCUUCAA